GGAUGUUACGACACUUUUGGGGUUGUGUGGUGUUUCUGGAUCCUUCAGGUGUGCAGUGAUGGGUGAGCUCAGCUGCUCCAGUGCAUCGUGGGGGAGAGAGGGUGUGAAGGCUCUCGUGCUCUAUUCGCUCCUAGUAGUCGUACACACAUCCCAUGCCCAGCCUCCCCUCCCUCUCUCCCUACUGGCCAAAAUCAUUGUCCCCCCUCCCUGGCACGCUCUGCCCCUGUCGCAGGCUGAUCUUGGCCCACUGUUCUCCAACUCCAGCCCCUUCGCCUUCACCCAGUCCCUGCUCAUGGUGCCUCCGGCUGGGACAGCCUCCAAAGCGGGGGUUCGGGCUUCAUUUGGGCCUUACUCUGUCAGCCAGCUGGUCUCUGGGCCCAUCCUCCCCCUCUCCCCUCCUCUGACUGCGUCUCUCCUCUCUAAACACGUGGAGAGAGAGGGGGAUGAAGGAGGAAAGGAGAGGUACAGCGUGCGGGUGUUGUUCCACGUACGAGGGGACACCAGCAGGGGGAGCUGUAUCACCCUCCACGCCUUCAAAGAGACCGAGGAGCAGAAGGCUUCCUGUGUCACACAGCCUCCACUGGGUCUGUGUGUGGUGACCCUGGCCCUACCUAAGGACUGGUUUGAGGCGGGCCAGACCAGCCAGCCCUACCUCAGCCCCAAACAGCGUGCCAGGCACACACACCGACACCGCACCCGUAAUCGGGGACGACGGCACGAGGGUGUUGUCGUCGGUGGAGCCGGUGGCAUCCCCUUCCCAGGCGCUCUCCGAUACAGCCCCGCCCACGCCGGCGACCGCAUCCAGCUGUACUACUCAUUGUUCGGCACAGCGUCCAACCUCAAACUAGCGCCCCCUAGGUGUGUGCAAGACAAAUUACCACAGUCUCAGAGAGAGUUGUUUUAUAUAGCAGCUGUGACUUUGAGGGAGGACAAUAAGCAGAACGAGGCCAACAGAACCAAAGAGGAAAUAGCCUGUUGCAAUAGACAGGAAGAGGAGGAGCUACGGUUGGAUUCCAACGUGCUGAUUCGCUAUCGCAGGGGACCAGUCCGAGCGGGACAGCCAAUUGGGGUUUCUGUGAACCUGAGGGCCAAUUUCAGUGCAGAGUUUGUUGUUAUCCGGCUGAAGGUGAAGAAAGGCCUUUUGUCUCUGGUGGCCCAGCGCUCUCUGAACUCUGACCUCUGGGUUGUGAACCUGGAGAGAACCCAGGGCUCCAAACAUGAUGUCAUCUCCAUCAUCUGCCACAAACUGGCCAGACACAUGGACAGCGACGGUCCCGCUGCUCUGCAGCAGGUUGCCUGUCUGUCAGUGGACGGCUUGCGCAGGAGUUUCGGGGUUGCCAUGACGGUAUCGGCCAGCUGGCGGGUAGAGUACUCAGGCCGUAAAAACCCUCCGCCACCACACGGCGGAGUCGUGAGCAGCUUCUCCUUCACUGACAGAGAGAUCGUGGGCAUCUCUCCCAUAACUGAAAGUGGCAUGAUCAUCAACACUGCCAUCUUGACCAGCGAGCCCGUGUCACUUCCUGUCAUUGUGCUGGCAGUGGGGCAUGAUGGGAAGGUGUCGGAUAUCACCGCGGCGGUGAAGUGCCAGUCGUCCAACGAUGAUAUCGUCAAGGUGUCAAGCGAUUGCUCCACCCUCUUCGUGGACGGAAGUGAAUCAGGGGUGGGCAGCACCUGUGUAGGGGUGGAGUUUCUCCUGGGCACGCUCAGUGGGUCCCUGUGUCUGUCCGUGUGGGCACCUGUCGUCCCGCUGCGCAUCUCCCUGUCCGACAACGAGCUGAGCGCCAUCGAGGGCUGGAACCACCACACGGAGAACGGCUGUUCUCCAGUGUACCAGAGGUCCACGGUUCAGGUUCUGACCCAGUUCAGUGCUCAGGGGGGCCAGGGUCAGCUGACCUACCUGCUGGGCUCCUCUGAUUGGUUUGUGGAUGCCACGGAGAUGGUCCGUAAUUGGCUGAGGGUAGAGAAUCCUCGCGUGGCGGUCCUCGACAAGCAGAGCAAUCUGAUUGGUCUACACCCAGGGAAAACUUCAGUUCAUGUCAUAUCAAGCCAAUGGGACGGUGUUCUGGGUAGCUGUGAUGUCAUCGUGACCUCUGAACCCGUGACCCCAGGUGACCUCUCAGUGCAGGUUGUGGGAGGACUCGGUAUGUCAAUCAAUGCAAGCCCUGCCCAUCCGGCUGUUGUCACGGCAACAGUGACAGCAUACAACAUCCUCUACCACCAUGGACAGGAAGCGUCAAUCAGUGUCUGGCUCCAGUUCAGUGAUGAUAGCGCCACGUUGCUCUCCACCUUCAGCCGUGGUACCUUCGCCCUUCGCCUCUCCUCAUUGGCAGAGACCGUGGUUGCCGUGAUGCCCGGCCCGUUGCUGCGCGUCGUCGCCCAGGGCGAAGGGGGAGGGCCUUUACUCAAAGCAGAACUCCUGGUCACCCCCUGCAAGCCAAUGGCGAACUCCGUUGACGGGGACCUGGCCAAUUCGAAAGAAGGAAGCGGGCCCAGGAGGCUGGCUAAAGGAUCAGGUUGGAUCAGGGUGAACCUGGACACAGACCUUCGUCCAAUGGGAAGCAAGGAGGCGGACUUUGAGCUGCUCGACAUGUCGGACAUGCUGGUUGAGUCAUCGGACAGGGACGUUAAGUACAGCAACUUCCUGGACAAUGACAUCAUCAUAGGGAACGUCACCACCGUCAAAGGUGACGACUACUAUGACAAGGCCGGUGAUGGGAUGAUCGCCAGGAACGACCUGGAGAGAGCGGUGUUGACCCCAAAUCACGAAGAGAGCGCUGUGUACUUCUCUCCCGGGGUGGAGAGAGAGAGGGAGGAGAAACUGGAGGAUACAGAGCUGGGGGUGGGUGUCGGGGCAGUUCUCUCCCUUCUCUGCCUCUCCGUACUUCUCUUCCUGGUGAAUUGUCUGCCCUGCGCUUUGAGGGAGAGGAGGAUGAGGAGGAAGGGCGUGAACACGGAGGGGGUGGAGGGAGUGGUGAAGGAAGAGGGGGAGGAAGGAAAAGAGGAGGCGGCAAAGGGUGUUGCAGAAAAGAACGACAUAAUGACAUCGUACCCCGGGGUAAUAUCGCUCCAUGAGACUAUUCCAGAAGAGAAAGAGGGGCAGUCAGAUCAAAGCAUUGACCAUUAAGGCUGCAUCCGAAUAGGCACCUUAAUCCUUUUAAAGAGUUAAGAGCCCUGUGGUCAAAAGUAGUGCACUAUGUAGGGGAUAAGGCGCCAUUUUAUUCAGGAGAGAAAGGUUGUUGAUAAAAAUCAUCGUUCUUAGGAAAAUUGACUACGUAUUCCUGUCACCGUGUCACCAACAAUGUAUCUUAACGUCUUACAAGGUCAUGUUCGUAUAGGCUAGUUUCUUUUCUCGGUUAUUUAUGUAUGUCUGAAUGUUUGUCUAGCUACCAUUGCACAUAUACAGUAACUAUCCAACAUAAGUCCAACAUAAGUUAAAUAUGUGUGCAGAAACAAUGCACGUACACGACUGUACAUAUCUGUCAUAUUUACUUUAUUGGUAUUAUUUCACAUUCAUCCAUAUACAAUUGGUUGUCAUACCUUUUUCGAUUUAGGACUCAAUGCAAUCGGUAUCGCUGAAGUUCACCGCUAUAUUGCAAUUGAAUGUUAAAGGCAGCGUUCCCGCGUCCGCGGAGACUGAAUUCACGAUAAAUACGGCACAUUUCAGCUCAAUCGGAAACGACCUUUACAUUUCAAUGAUUCAAGCCCUUUUAGGCCUAUUGACGAAAUAGUACAGGGUUGCAAAAUCCUGGUAAUUUUCCCAAAAAAUCCCGCCGGGAUGACUCCCAUUUGACUCCCAGAUGACUCCCAGUUGUAGGAUGCCAACAUGCUGAUUCCCACCUGAUUCCAGAGAUUCUCCAAUUGGGAUUUCCAUAAGAACUGGGAAUUUGGGGCAAGUUACCAGAAUGUGCAACUUUAUUCCUGCACAUACUUGUGAUUGCUUUAUGCCUCGCUUUAUGUCUCGCUCAAAUGUCAAUAUGCCUCGUAUACUGUUGUUUAGGU